UACUAAACUGGUUCUGGAGCCGUUAAAGCCAACCCCCUCCCCCUCUUCUGAGAUCCAAACCCUGAAGCCAUGGAUGAUCAGGCCCAUGCCCUGAUCCCAAGAGUCAAGUUGGGCGCCCAGGGAUUGGAGGUGUCCAAGUUAGGGUUUGGCUGUAUGGGCCUCACAGGCGUGUACAACGCCCCUAUCAGUGAUGAAGCUGGUAUAUCCAUCAUCAAGCACGCGUUUAACAGUGGGAUCACCUUCUUUGACACCUCUGAUGUCUAUGGACCUCAUACAAACGAGAUCUUGCUUGGGAAGGCCUUGAAGCAAUUGCCCCGUGAAAAGAUCCAAGUAGCCACAAAAUUUGGGAUUGUGGAUAUUAACGCCACAGGUCUAGUGAUCAGUGGUAAGCCUGAGUACGCGCGGGCUUGCUGUGAGGAAAGCCUCAGGCGCCUCGGACUGGACUACGUUGAUCUUUACUAUCUGCAUCGAGUUGAUACGACCGUGCCGAUCGAAGAAACUAUGGGGGAACUCAGGAAGUUGGUGGAAGAGGGCAAGGUGAAGUACAUCGGGCUUUCAGAGGCUAACCCUGAUACUAUUAGACGGGCUCACGUGGUGCAUCCGAUCAGCGCAUUGCAAAUGGAAUGGUCUCUCUGGACUCGCGAGAUUGAGAAGGAGAUAGUCCCACUUUGCAGGGAACUUGGCAUUGGAAUAGUUCCAUACAGCCCUCUUGGACGUGGAUUUUUCGGUGGUAGAGGAGUUACAGAAAAGUUGCCUUCAAAUGCAUCUUUGAUCCACAUCCCAAGAUUUGUUGGAGAAAACCUUGAAAAGAAUAAAGUUCUGUAUGUGAGGUUGGAGAACCUCGCCAAAAAGCACCAGUGUACCACUGCUCAACUAGCUCUAGCUUGGGUUGUCCAUCAAGGAGAUGAUGUGGUUCCUAUCCCAGGGACAACCAAGUUGAGGAACUUGGAUGACAAUAUUGGGUCUUUGAAAGUAAAGCUCACAGAGGAUGACUUGAAAGAAAUAUCUGAUGCAGUCCGCGAAGAAGAGGUGGCAGGUUAUAGAAGUCACAGUGUUUUUGAGCCGUUCACCUGGAAGUACGCGAAAACCCCACCUAUACAUAGCAAUCUAGCGGCUUAGAAUUUUCUAUCAGAUAUAUUGCCUAUGAUAUUAUGUCAAAUUUUCUUCCGUCAUUAAAGGUUGAAUAGCACAACAUACAGUAGUAAGUUGUCAGUCGAUGAUAAGGUAUGCUUUGGUGUAACUUCUUCACGAAAUAUAUAAACUGUAAUGCUCGUUGUUCUA